GAUUUGGUGUCCAAAAGAAAAGCAAGAUAAUUAAUGGCACAUCUAAGCAUGGGAGAAGCACACCGGCGGAUCACAGAAUACCUUAACCGCUUCUCAGACUCCAUUUCAUCCCAAGAUGGAGCCUCCCUCAGUCAGCUCCUCUCUUUCUCCUCAAACACCCCUUCCCUCUUAUCCCUCGCAGAUGCCCUGAAUUUGUUCCAGGACGCUAAUAGAUUGAUAAAACAAUCUGAUAAGUACUCUCAGUUUAGUGAAAUUUUGGUCCCUCUGUUUCGCUCUCUUCAAAGUUACCAUCUUGGAAACUUGCUCGAUGCUUACCAUGCCUACGAAAAAUCUUCCAACGCUUUCAUUCAGGAGUUUCGGAAUUGGGAAUCUGCUUGGGCUUUGGAGGCAUUGUAUGUUGUUGCUUAUGAAAUUAGGAUUCUUGCAGAGAGGGCUGAUGAAGAGUUGGCUUCUAAUGGAAAAUCGCCUGAGAAAUUGAAAGGAGCUGGCUCUUUCCUGAUGAAAGUAUUUGGUGUUCUUGCUGGAAAAGGUCCAAAACGUGUGGGCGCAUUAUAUGUGACUUGCCAGUUGUUCAAGAUAUACUUCAAGUCCCUUUUAUUGUAUCACCGUAGCAGUUCACUCCAGUUGAUCUAUUUCUCCAUAACCUUGCAGGCUGAUCAUAAACUAUCAUAUGCUCUAAGCCAUUGCAACCCUCGCAGUGAAACAAAUAUAAGGAUGAUAUUGAAGUACUUAAUUCCCGUGAAACUUUCAAUAGGCAUCCUGCCUAAAACUUGUCUCCUGGAGAGAUACAACCUACUUGAGUACGAAAAGAUUGUGCAAGCUCUAGAGAGAGGUGAUCUCCGACUACUCCGGUGUGCACUUCAGGAGCAUGAAGACAGGUUUUUAAGAUCUGGUGUCUAUCUUGUUUUGGAGAAGCUAGAGUUACAAGUUUACCAAAGAUUAUUAAAGAAAAUAUACAUCAUCCAAAAACAGAAAGACCCAAACAGAGCCCACCAACUCAAGUUGGAAGUAAUUGUCAAAGCACUGAAAUGGCUUGAGAUUGACAUGGAUCUAGAUGAGGUGGAGUGCAUAAUGUCUAUUCUAAUAUACAAAAAUCUGAUGAAAGGGUACUUCGCCCAUAAAAGCAAAGUUGUGGUUUUGAGCAAGCAAGAUCCUUUUCCCAAAUUAAAUGGGAAGCCUGUCAACUCGUAGAUCAUAUAAGAAUUGUGAAAACGCCCUCUUUAACUUCUGAAACUCUGAAAUGUAAUUAUAAAAAAAUACUCUCAAUUUAAUUUUAUCAGUAAAAAAAACGUCACGUUAGUUUGUAGUCUGUCAAUCAACAGCUGAAAAUAUGAAGAGUCAGAUAACUUGACAUAUUUUAUUA